AGCAGCGGCAGGGGGAGGAAAAAAAAAAUAAAUCCGGGGAACGCGGGAGGGGGAAAAGAAUCGGGUGGGUGGUGGGGAGAGUCGUGGCUCUUUGAGGCACGCGCGCGCGCGGGGAAGGGAAAACAAAAUAAUGAGGGGAGGAGUCGCUAGGUAGGUCGAGUGCAGGGGCGCGCGCAGCAGGCCGCCGAGAGCGGGAAGGGUGGAGCUGGAUGCUAGCGAGCGGGGUCCGCCUCAGUCCCGAGCCUGGCCGUGCUGUGGAAGCGGCGGCAGGUUCGAUUCCCGGUGGUGGGGACGGCGCUGCUUCCGUCGCCGGUUAUAGUAGCAACAGCGGCGGCAACAACAACAACAGUGAGACCGUCGCGUCGCUGCCGGGAAAGAUGAGCCUUUCUCCGAAGGAGCUGACGAGCCUGCUGAGCAUCGUGUCUGAGGAGGCCGGAGGCAGCACCUUCGAGGGCCUCUCCACCGCCUUCCACCACUACUUCGGAAAGGCCGAGCAUUUCCGCGUAGGCUCCGUCCUGGUGUUGCUGCUGCAGCAGCCGGAUCUGCUUCCCACGCCGCCGCAGCGCCUGACUGCCCUCUACCUCCUCUGGGAGAUGUAUCGCACCGAGCCGCUCGCCGCCAACCCCUUCGCCGCCAUCUUCGCCCACCUCCUGAAUCCGGCGCCCCCCGAGCGCGCCCCCGCCGGCUCGGGCCCCGGAGCGGCAGGGAGCGGCGGCGGGGACGACAACGAAAGGCCGCCGCUCUCAGGCUUUUUGCCCGCAAUUACUCCACCAGAAAGAUUCUUUCUUUCCCAGCUGAUGUUGGCCCCUCCUAGAGAACUCUUCAAAAAGACUCCAAGACAAAUUGUAUCGAUGGAUGUAGGAAAUAUGGGCCAAUCUGUAGAUAUAAGCGGUCUUCAGUUAGCAUUAGCAGAACGUCAGUCUGAACUACCAACACAAAGUAAAGCUAGCUUUCCUAGCAUUCUCAGUGAUCCUGAUCCAGAUUCUUCAAAUUCUGGUUUUGACAGUUCUGUUGCAUCCCAGAUUACUGAAGCCUUAGUGAGUGGACCAAAACCACCUAUUGAAAGUCAUUUUCGACCAGAAUUUAUCCGCCCACCACCACCUCUCCAUAUUUGUGAAGAUGAAUUAGCUUGGUUAAAUCCAAUAGAGCCAGAUCAUACAAUUCAGUGGGAUAAGUCAAUGUGUGUUAAAAAUAGCGCUGGAGUGGAAAUCAAACGAAUCAUGGCCAAAGCAUUCAAAAGUCCUUUGUCAUCACAGCAACAAACGCAGCUUCUAGGAGAAUUGGAGAAAGAUCCUAAGCUUGUUUACCAUAUUGGCCUCACUCCUGCCAAAUUGCCUGAUCUGGUGGAAAACAAUCCUUUAGUAGCUAUAGAAAUGCUGCUUAAAUUAAUGCAAUCAAGUCAGAUAACUGAGUACUUUUCAGUAUUAGUCAACAUGGAUAUGUCUCUACAUUCAAUGGAAGUUGUAAAUCGGCUCACUACAGCAGUUGAUCUUCCUCCAGAAUUUAUUCAUCUUUAUAUAUCCAAUUGUAUUUCUACUUGUGAACAAAUUAAGGAUAAGUAUAUGCAGAAUCGGCUGGUACGCCUUGUUUGUGUAUUCCUGCAAUCCUUGAUUCGAAACAAAAUAAUUAAUGUACAGGACUUAUUUAUAGAGGUACAAGCCUUUUGUAUUGAAUUCAGUCGGAUAAGAGAAGCAGCUGGACUUUUUCGAUUGCUGAAGACACUCGACACUGGUGAAAAUCCUUCAGAAACAAAGACGUCCAAAUAAGACUGAUUUGGAACUUUUUUUUUUACUUGAUUAGUGUGAAAAAAUUUCUGUAUAGUUUUUUUGUUCCUUACAAUUAAAAUGUUUGUGCUUUAUUAAAUAA